AUGUUCACUUGUUCAGGUGGCCGGUCUCAUGUUAGCACCUCAGCUGGGCCGAGUAGUGCUGGGGAAAUGGUAGAAGGUAGCAACCUUGAGCCUUGCUUUGACGCCGUGGAGGGAGGCGCAUGACUGGCCAGCCACGUGGCACAUGAGGGCGGAGACAUGCACUCACAUGAGGCCCAGCCCAGCCAUCAGGGGGACUGGGAGAACAGAAAAAACCGUCUUAUGCGCAGCAGAAUCGGAUCGUCCCAGAAAUCUGAGAGCAUGAGACGAGGAGGCGGGCGCCAGAGGCUGGGAUUGUGGCUGCGCGUGAUGCCCCCGAGUGUGGGCUAA